AUGAUAGACUGCGACAUCGAUGUGGAGCUGUGUCGAAGGUACGAUGUAAACGAGUACCCUGCAAUACGCUUGUUCCUAGGAGGUACAGCCACGAAUCGUUUCAUAAGUGGAGAGACAAGUUUGAGAAGAUAUCGUGGCCGGAAGACGGAGCAUGCCAUCAGGUCUUUCUUGAUCAAAUACGAGUACGCCAUAAUAUCGGCUAUUAGAGAUGGCGAAGAGUUGAGCAACUUAAAAAAGGUUGAUGAUGUUGUACUCGUCGCGUUCAUGUCUGCAGAGUCGGAUAAACCAAAGAGAGUCUUAAACUCCAUUGCAGAAAGAUUCUAUGAAGAUUUCGUCUUCGGCUUUACGCAUGACAAAGCAAUUGCUGAUACAGAAGGCGUCACUAUGCCAACCAUUGUAUGCUACAAGAAUGGUGAUGGCGACCACAAAGUUUUCGAAGGGAAUUUUACCGAAGAAGACGUGGUGGCUUUCUUAGCAACGGCUCCGAAGAUGGUGAUAGGAGACUUUAGCGAACGCAGUGUGGAAGCUUACAUGGCACCUGGCAAGCUUUCUGCCUAUAUAUUCGCCACCACGAAGGACGAAGCCACGUCAUUGCGUCACGAGCUCACGCCCAUAGCAAAGAAAUACGAGCAGUAUGUUACUUUUGGAAUCGCGGAUUCAGUUGAAUACGGACCUAUGGCGACAAACUUCGGUCUUGUAAAUGGCGGAAUCCCGGCACUAGCUGUGCAUGCACCGAUGAAUGACAAUGUCUUUACUUAUUUACAAGGCAGAAAGAUCAUCGCAGAUGUGGUCGAACAUAUGCUGCUUACAAUCCUGCAAGGCAAAGCGGCUUCGGGACAAGUUUUCGGGAGCGACGCGCCCGAGUACGUGGAGGCGAAGGCGGAGGCGCAGCGUGAGGCAAGGCAGCACGACGAACUGUGA